CAGCUUCCCCUCUCACUCUUGCGAGCUGGGAAGGAUAAUCCCAUGCUUGUGGAAUUGAAGAAUGGAGAGACAUACAACGGGAUUCUGGUCAACUGUGAUAUCUGGAUGAACCUCAGUCUGCGCGAUGUUGUUUGCACAUCGAGGGACGGUGACAAAUUCUGGAAGAUCCCAGAGUGCUAUAUCCGCGGCAACAACAUCAAGUAUCUACGUGUUCCUGACGAAGUGAUAGACAAAGUGGUUGAUGAGCCAGUGAAGAAGGAGCGCAAGGAAUUCGCUGGACGAGGACGUGGGCGAGGGGUGAUUGGAAAUCGUGGGGGUGGAAAUCAAGGAGGAGGAGGACGAGGACAGGGUGCUGAUCGUGGAGGACGAGGAGGCAGAGGAGGAGGACGAGGAGGACGAGGAGGAGGAAGAGGACAGUGAGAUAGGACAGCAGGAAGAGAAGUCCAUCGGAUAUUGUCUGUCUAUCACUAACUGUACAAUGAUGCGAGAAAUCUUGAGUGGUAAAAGGAUCGGAUGAUUAAACCAAGCUUGUUUUG